AUGAAUCAUUUUCACUCAGCAGCCUUGAAGCACCCAAAAGCUUUGGAGGGCGCCUCUUUAUGCAUGUGGGCUGUUUAUAAACUCCUGGUGUGUGGGGAUUUCAAGACGGACAUUUUUGCUGCUGGAACUGAUACCACUCACACAGUCUUGGAUUGGGUGAUGGUAGAGCCUCUAAGACACCCCAAGGUCAUGGAGAAAUUGCAAAAUGAGGUCAGAGCUGUAGGCCAAGGAAAAUCAGAGAUAACUGAGGAUGAUUUUGACAAAAUGCAGUAUCUUAAGCUAGUGAUUAAGGAAACUCUGCGGCUUCAUUCCCCAGUUCCAUCACUAGUUCCUCGAGAAUCAACUCGAGACGUCAAAUUGAUCCCAUUUGGUGCCGGCCCAAGGGGAUGCCCGGGUAAGACCUUUGCCAUGGCUAUCAAUGAACUUGCAUCAGCAAAAUUACUGCACAAAUUUGACUUUGCCUUACCUGAUGCAGGAAAACCAGAGGACAUGGAUAUGACUGAAGCUGGUGGCAUCGAUGUGCAUAGAAAACUUCCUAUACUUGUUCUUGCCACUCCAUAUUUUCCUUAG